GUUGACCCCUGGGGUCCGAAGCCAUGGACGGGGAGCGCAUCAUUGCCUACACCGAGAAGGACCUUCAAGAGAAGGCGGCUCAGCACAUCUGUGCCCGCAUCAUCAAGCACCAGAAGUCAUCUUCCUCGAAAUUCCUGCUUGGCUUGUCACCCACGAAUGGUCAAGCGAGGCGAAACCGUGCCAAGGAGGUAUACUCCGCCAUAGCAGAGUGGAAUGAGCAGGAGAUUGAUUGGGGCCGUGUUCUCAUCAUUUUGCUGGAUGAGCGGUAUGGCUACGAAAGCGAUGAUGAUUGUAAUGCAAACUUGGUUCAAAGCAGUUUGGUGAAGACCCUGCAGAAGCGGGGUAUUCACUUCCCAGAGGAGCAGCUCAUUGCACCUGACACCAGCCAAGGCUGGAAGGAGGCUGCUGCAGAGUACCAACUCAGACUCUCACAGAUAUUGGAGGACGGGAAAGGCUUCAAUUUGGUGAGUACCGGUUUGGGCCCAGAGCUAUGCCAUGACCUGGAUUUUUCAUGAUUUUUCAUGGCUGGACGGCCUGGUGGAUGAUGGUCAUGCCGCAUACCUGGG